UGACAUGGGGGCGGAGACCGGGGAAGGCGCCAGGAGUACGGAACCAGGAGUUCUGAAUUUCUGCGGGCUGGUCUGUGCUCCUUUUGGGUUCUCGAACCCGCACAUCCAGGGAGGAGGGAUUGAAGGUGGGAGCUUCUGGCCGGUCGGUUGGCCGACACUCUGGGCAGCAACGAACCGCUAGGACCUGAGCCUGCCUGGCGGCUCCCCGCCACCUGCGGACCCUCCUCCGUGUCCAGGCUUCCCGUCUUGUCAUGGCGAAAUUCUGGGUCUGCGCGGCCGGCGCGGGGCUUUUUCUUGCAUGUCUGAUCCUGCAUUCGCGUUUCUGUGGCUCUCCGGUUUUAAGGAACUUUGCUUUUCAAGUUUCCUGGAGAACUGAGGAAAUUCUUUACCGCCUGGAUGUGGAUUGGCCUGAGUAUUCAGAAUACUUUACUGGAGCAACGUUUGGUGUUGCCGUUGACUCCCUCAAUGGAUUGGUUUAUGUAGCCCAAAGAGGGGAUAACAUCCCAAAGGUGUUAGUGUUCACAGAGGACGGAUGUUUCCUACGAGCCUGGAAUUAUACAGUUGACACACCUCAUGGUAUAUUUGCAGCCAGUACACUACAUGAACAAUCCGUCUGGAUCACAGAUGUAGGAAGUGGAUCCUACGGUCAUACUAUCAAAAAGUACAAUUCCUUUGGUGAUCUUGUUCAAGUCUUGGGUACCCCAGGCAAAAAAGGCACUGGUUUGAAUCCCCUGCAAUUUGAUAACCCUGCAGAAUUAUAUGUAGAGGACACAGGAGAUAUGUACAUUGUGGAUGGAGAUGGAGGAUUGAAUAACAGAUUGAUCAAAUUGUCCCAAGAUUUCAUGAUGCUUUGGUUGCAUGGAGAAAACGGAACAGAGCCUGCUAAGUUCAACAUACCUCACAGUGUUACACUUGAUUCAGCUGGUCGGGUGUGGGUUGCUGACCGAGGAAAUAAAAGAAUUCAAGUAUUUGAUAAAGACACUGGGGAGUGGUUAGGAGCAUGGACUAAUUGUUUCACGGAAGAGGGACCUUCUUCAGUCAGAUUUACCCUUGAUGGGAAGUACUUAAUUGUAGCCCAGCUGAACCUUAGCAGGCUCUUAUUUGUGGCAGCACCCCCAGCAGGAAGCAUCGGCGACUGUUCUGUGAUCAGCACAAUCCAACUAGCAGAUCAAGUUUUACCUCAUCUCUUAGACGUCAGUGGGAAGACUGGAGCAAUCUUUGUAGCAGAAAUUGGAGCAAAACAAGUACAAAAAUAUGUCCCUUUGAAUGGCUAUUUCCUGUCAUUUGGUUCAUAAUGUUUCUUUUCCUGGAGAUCUUUCAAGUGGAAGUUCAGAUUCUCAAAUUCAUUGUGAAAUACUUAAAAAUAAUGUCCAAGCACAAGAAUUUGUUUAUUUGUAGCUGACCCAGUGUCAGAAAGAUUUGUUCUUAUGUCCUUAAGAAUCGUGUAGUUUGUUGCCAUUCUUGCAACUUAGUUUUACUUGUAAGUGCAUAGGGAUAUUUUAAUGAAGGAAAUGUAAUUCUAAAAAUAUGGGGUCAUAAAGAGGUACUAAGGUUGACCUAGUUAUUUGCCCUAGUAGACUAAUUCUCCCUGGGGGGAGAAAACAGGAAUAAAAAUGGGUUUGCAGGGUAAUGUAUUGAGUUUCAUGGGAAGAACUACAAACCUCCAGUUUGUUCACCUUGUGUAAAAUGAACUUCUUGAGAGACUGAGUCGAUGGGCUCUGGAUUCAUGAGUGCCCACCGAGUGCUAGGUCCUGAAGAUCCAAAAAUGAAGAGGCAGGUUUUCUUUGUGUGCCUUCUGAGUAGCUUAUAGUCCAGUGGGGACACAAGUGUACAGACACAACACAGUGACAGCAGCACACAGGAAUAGUGGGACUUUUGGAAGGAGGAGGGUUACAUCUGACUGAGGGAAUCAUGGCAACUUCGCAGGGGAAGUCGAUUUGAGCUCCAACUUGGGAAACUGAGCAGGAAAAAACAGCAGGUUCCAAGUAGAGAAGUUAUAAAAAGUUAUAAGCUUGCUGUGAACUUUUAGUAGGUUUGCUUUUAAAAGCCCAACUUGGCUUUGGUCCUUUAGCUGGAAGACACUUAAUUUCAGCCUUUAAAUGUAGGAAUAAAGUGGGUAGAGUCUAAUCAGCACUUUAUUGAAAGGGAUCUUUACAAAUAACUGGAAUGUUUUUUACAGAUAGCCUUAAAAAUAGGGUCUGUGCUCAGUGCUUCCUCCUUUCUUUUUUCUUCUUCUAACUUUUUUUUCUUUUUUUACAUGAACUUAGUUCAUUCCUAACAUUUGUCUACCUCAAAGAAGUUUUGAAAUUAUUUAUGUGGGAAUAUGUCCCAAACGCUUUGAGCUAUUAAGAUGAAUAAUUUCCUAUGUUCUGUUUCCAUGUCUUGUUUUUAUCCCUUUGGUCUGAAUAUUGGCUUCCCAAUUAAGACCAUUUUUUCAGUUUCUUCUAGUUUAUUCUAGGUUUUGGUGGAUCCUUGCCAUAUUGUGAUCUUUCAGAUCAUUCUUCCCGUUUUCUCAUAUUGGCCUCCCUCUUUAUCUUGGAGUUUUACUGUAAAAUCUGUAGCAGUUGAGGAAUCUGGACCUGACUCUCCUCCUUGCCUGUCAUGACUGGAGUCUGUUUUCCUGGACCUGGAGGAACUCAUACUUGUGUUGAUGCUCCGGUUAUACCUUGAUGCAGUUAGGAAGGUAAGUCUACCAACAGGAAGCUGUCCUGUAUUCCAAGGCCUUGAUAAGUGUGUUUGUGCAACUGAUCCAGCUGUGUGAUCUUACGUACGUUGCACUAGUUUUCUCUUCAGUACAAUGGGAACAUCAUUGUCUGUUUUUGAGGAACGCUGUGAGGAUCAGAUGUGCAAUAGGUACACAUGUGCCCUUUAGGAUCUAUAGCUCUGAGUACGUUAAAACCAUCUUAUUAACAAAGGUCCUUCUAAAUGUGCUGUUUACCUGAUAGCAACUAUCAGGUUUGCCUUAAAUUUGCAUUCAUUGCUUUUAUCAAAAUGUAUCAGGGGCCGGACCCAUGGCCGAGUGGUUGUGUUCGCACGCUCCACUUCAGCAGCCCAGGGUUUCACCAGUUUGAAUCCUGGGUGCGGACAUGGCACUGCUCAUCAAGCCAUGCUGAGGUGGCAUCCCACAUUCCACUAGAAGGACCUACAGCUAGAAUAUACAGCUAUGUACUGGGGGGCUUUGGGGAGAAGAAGAGGAAGAAGAAGAAGAAGAAGAAAAAAACGUAUCAAAACUUUACUCAGUUUAGAGUAUAGUAAAUUGAUUUGGAUGAAAGAAAGUAAUUUGAGGUUUCAUUUGUUUUGUUUUGUUUUUAAGCCAGGAUGAGAAGUGCAAAUGUCUCUUUGAAGGAAUGCAGGUUAGGUAAACUGAUUUUGUCAUUUCAAAAAUGUUGUAUUUAACUUUGUUUUAUACCAGAUUCUUAUAAAACUUGCUAAAAAUAUUGGUUCCAUAUAUCUUGCUUAAGUGUUUAUUUUACUAGCGUACUUACAGUAUUUCACUUCUUUCCUUUGGAUGAAUUGGUUAAAUGGAUGAGAAAUGUGUUGUAUUUUCUAUUAAAAAAUACAAAUUAAAAUUUUGGAAAGAAAAAGUAAUAUUA